AUGACGCGGACCAAGACCGUGACCUCCCUGGACUCGGAGGGCUUAUCCUCCGCCCUGGCCGCGGAACUCCUCAAAAAAUUUGGCCGCAACGAGCUGCCCGAAAAGAAGAAACCAAAGUGGCUUAUUUUCCUUGAGCAACUUUACCAACCCAUGCCUCUGAUGAUCUGGGCUGCCAUCAUCAUCGAGGCGGCCAUCGAGUCGUGGCCCGACAUGGGCAUUCUCCUCGGAAUCCAGUUUAUGAACGCCUCCCUUUCCUACUACGAGACCACCAAGGCCGGCGACGCCGUUGCGGCCCUCAAAGCCUCCUUGAAACCCCUAGCUUACGUGAAGCGUGACGGAAAAUUCCUGUCCAUGGACGCGGCUCUCUUGGUGCCCGGUGACCUGGUCUUGCUGGGGGCCGGGGGCGCCAUUCCCGCCGACUGUGUCGUGAAGGACUCUCAGAUCGAUGUCGACCAGGCUGCGUUGACGGGCGAGUCUCUCCCCGUGACUUUUUUCAAGGGCGACAGUGUGAAAAUGGGUUCCACCGUGGUCCGCGGUGAGGUCGAGGCAACAGUGGAGGCGACUGGUGCCAACACUUUCUUCGGG